GUAACUGGAAGAGCCAAUUGCCUUGCAGUGUCUGGAAAUUACAUCUUUGUUGGUCUGUCCGUGGGUCUGGCUGCCUUCAAGAUGUCUGACUGUAAGGAGGCCUGCGCUUGGGACGAAGCUGAGAUGGAGAUUUGUGCCAUCCAUGCCUGGGAUUUGGGGAAUGAGUGCCAUGUCCUGUUUGCUGUGGAUGAAAUGGGGCUCCUCUGGAUCUUCCGCUUUCACAAGGAAAGCUUCCUACUCAUUAAAAUCCUAAAUGAAGUGGAGGAUAUCAGCAAGCGAAGCACUUGUGUGGAGGUGGUGCUGUCCCUGGCAGGUGAUUAUGCGGGAGUCCUGCUGCAAGGCAAACAGCACAAAGCUUGGCUGGAGAUCUGCCGAUUGCCCAAGGAUUCCUGGCUGAAGGAGAUGGAAAAGAACCCAGGAGCUGCAGCAGGGCUGGCUUGCAGGGAGAGGAGUUCAAGCUGGAUAUCUGUGGAGUCUCCUGUGUCUGCAAACAAAGCUGAUGCCAAGCUGAGUCUCCCAGGGCUGCUGCUGAAGGUGAAGCCACCCAAACCUGUUACAGGCAGUAGUUUUAAAAGCCCUUUGGAUGCCUUAAAGGAAGUGGAUGAUGGCAGCACUCUUGGCUUGGGGUACAAUCACCUAAUCAAGGACUUCCAGUGGGAGCUGCAGGAAGCAAUCUUCCGCAGCACUUAUUGGAAAUAUCUGGAGGCGGAGGAUAAGACAGAGAGCAAGGAGGAGAUCCCCAGACGUGCCACUUUUGAUUUUCUCCUGCCUAGCUGGAUCCUACAGGUGGGACCGGAAAUGAAAGUACAGCCAGAUGUUCCAGCUGGCAUCAGUGUGCACUGGGAUGGAAGCCACAAUCUCUGCUUGUACUUACUUAACCAUCCACUCAAGGAUAAAGUGGAUUCUGAUCCCAAACCUGAAGUUGUGUGGCCAUGUGCAGCUCCAAUUGCAUGCUUGACUGUCAGCUCCUGCUCCAGGUACCUGGCACUGGCAUGUGAAGAUGCGACAGUAACUAUUUGGGAUAAACACCUAGGGUACCCACUGUGUGUGACUGCCAUUCUAGAAGAAUGUCUCAUCCGUAGUAUCCACUUCCUGCGGAGUUCUGCAGCUCCCAGGGAUGAGACACCUUGCCCUGGUACAGAUCCUGCCUGUCCCAUCGUGCAGCUUCUAGUGCUGUGUACAGACAGCUCCUUCUAUCUGGUGAAAGCACCCAGGGGCAGGAAGUCCAGCAUCACGCUCCUGGCAGAGAGGCCUGAAGAUCCCAAUCUUGCUGUCAGCGCCGUGGUGCCUGUCCUGGCGUUCCCCAGUGCAGCCCUGGUCUUCUCCUGGGAUGGCACAGUGUCCCGGCUGAACACCGCCACAUCACAGACUGUUUUCUGCUUCAGUCCUCCACCUUCUCACGCUGUAGCAUCUCCCUGGCAGCCAGUGUUCACAGUGGAUAGUGUGAACUGGUGCCCGCUGCUUCAAGAUGAGCAGCAGCAGCAGGAAGAUGCAUUGGCACAGAGCAGAGCCAGUCACAGCACCAUCUUCGUGUUUGACUUCAGCUCCUACCCACUGAAGGAGGCUUUCCCAAAGGAACCAGAUUUGCCUCUCAAAUCCUUCCAGAACCUGCCAUGAAUUGAGAGAUGUAACAUUUUCUUACGUGAUAGGCAGCAGAGCCUGCCGGAGCUCCAGGAGCAGUUGCUGGAGAGUCGGCUGCAGGCACAAGCAGCUGCCAUGGACGAGGAGAGACGGAAUGUGAAGGGACAGAAGAAGCCGUAG